UAUAAUUGCUCUCCUCCUGAAAAGGACGCUUUCUGGACGCUAUCGUCUUCUUCCUCUUCACAAGAAUAAAGCGGCAGUGGAGAGUGAUAGCGAGAGAGAGUGUGUGUGAGAGAGAGAGAGAGAGAGAGACAGAGAUUAGCAUUGGGUUUGGGAGAGAUGGAGAGGAAGGUGUUGGUGGUUUGUGGCACAGUGGGGUUUCUUGGUCUUCUCUCCGCUGCUCUAGGCUUCGCUGCGGAGGCGACGAGGGUAAAGGCUUCGGAUGUGCUGACAAGAGUACCCGGCGAAUGUACGUAUCCGAAGAGCUCCGCUCUAUAUCUUGGAUUAGCAUCUGCAAUUUCUGUUGUAAUCGCUCAGGCAAUUAUAAAUACAGUUGCUGGGUGCAUAUGCUGCAAGAGAAAUACAAAUCCGGCCAACACCAACUGGACUGUUGCAUUAAUAUCUUUCGUUCUUUCGUGGGUUACCUUCAUCAUAGCAUUCCUUCUUCUAUUGACCGGUUCUGCCCUCAAUGACCAGAGAGGCCAGCAGAGGAUGUACUUCGGUGAUUACUGCUAUGUUGUGAAACCUGGCGUCUUCUCAGGCGGUGCAGUACUUGCUCUUGGAAGCGUCUCUUUAGGUAUUGUUUACUUCGUAUCACUUCAAACAUCGAAGGAUUCACAGCCGUUGGAUCCUCCACAUAAUCAGGGCAUUGCAUUAGGGCAACCACAGAUCCCUCCUCAACCAGUUUUUGUUCAUGAGGACACUUUCAACCGCCAGCAAAUCCCAUAAUUAAGCUUAGAAAUUUUAAUAGGAAACCCUAAUUUUAUGUUUUGUUUUAUUUAAAGUCCCUUGUUAUUUAAAUAUUUGAAAAGAGAGAAAAAAACAGCACAUGUAGCUUAAAUUUAUCUAGAUAGAUGAUUUGGAGAAACAUUUAUCUUUAUAUA